UAAAGCUCAGAAUAGCUGGCAAAAACACAUAAUCGAUGUCUCUCGAGAAUGUGAUUGUGCUCUUGCUUUAGGAUCAAAAAGAUUGUGCUUUUUUUUUCUCCACCAGGAAUGGAAAACCUCACGCCAGAACAAUGGCGCGAGAUUAUGAACAAGAAGAUGCGUUUCCCUCCGGAGCUCAUCAGCGCCAUCCAGGAGGGGAAGAUCGAGCUGCUGUGCGGCCUGCUGAAGACCGGCGACGGCAUCAUCCGCCAGCUGGACGAGUCAGAGGACCGCCAGUGGAGGGAGGCCCUCAACUUGUCCAUCCGUCUGGGCAACGAGAUGUCCAUGGACGCCCUCCUGCACGGGGUGAAGUUUGACUUCCGGCAGAUCCACGAGGCCCUGCUGGUGGCCGUGGACACCAACCAGCCCAGAGUGGUGAAGCGCCUGCUGGACCGCCUGGACCAGGAGAAGGGCAACAAGAUGGACGUGCGCUCCUUCUCUCAGGCCAUCUUUGAUCACUCCAUUGACAACUCGCAGUUUGCCCCCGGGGUGACUCCUCUGACCUUAGCCUGCCAGAAGGACCUGUAUGACAUCGUCACCAUGCUCACCCAGAAAGGCCACAUCAUCCCGUGGCCACAUAAGAUCUCCUGCACCUGUCUGGAGUGUCGUAACGGCCGGCAGUACGACCUGCUGAAGUUCUCGCUGUCUCGUAUCAACACCUACCGCGGCAUCGCCAGCCGGGCCUACCUGUCCAUCACCUCAGAGGACGCCAUGCUCAGAGCGUUCAGCCUCAGCAGAGAGCUCCGGAAGCUCUCGCAGAAAGAGCCAGAGUUCAAGCCUCAGUACAUCGCCCUGGAGGAGCUUUGUCAGGAGUUUGCUGUGGAGCUGCUGGGCAUGUGUCGCAACCAGAGCGAGGUGACCACCAUCCUGAACAGCUGCGGAGACGAGAGCCAGGAGUGUUUAGAGGAGCAGGCCUUCGAAAAGGGAAUCCCCAACCUGUCACGUCUACGGCUCGCUGUCAACUACAACCAGAAGCAGUUUGUGGCUCACCCAAUCUGCCAGCAGGUGCUGUCCUCCAUCUGGUGUGGGAACCUGUCAGGCUGGAGAGGCAGCAGGACGGCCUGGAAGCUGUUUGUCUCUGUGGGGAUCUUCCUCACCAUGCCACUCCUCUGCCUCGUCUACUGGAUCGCUCCAAAGUCAAAGGUAGGGAAGCUACUAAAGAUACCUGUAAUCAAGUUUCUCCUCCAUUCGGCCUCCUAUCUGUGGUUCCUCAUCACGUUGCUUGGAGAAUCGAUAACAAUGGAGCUGUACCGAGAUAAAUUUGCUUCCCGGCAGCAGAACAUCCUGCACAGCUCCUUCCACAUGGUGUGGGUGGUUGGAUUCUUCUGGUACGAGUGUAAGGAAGUGUGGAUCGAGGGGCUGCGGAGUUACUUCCUGGACUGGUGGAACUGUCUGGACGUGAUGGUGCUCAGCAUGUACCUGGCAUCCUUUGCGUUGCGUGUUCUCAUCAUGCUCAAAGGUUACUUCCUCUGCCACGACCACAGCGGCGCAGAGGAGUGUGUCUACUUCACCCAGACUGUGCGUGAGGAGUGGCAUCAGGAGGACCCUCAGCUGAUUGCGGAGGUGCUGUUUGCAGUGACCAGCAUGUUGAGCUUCACACGGCUGGCGUACAUCCUGCCAGCACACGAGUCUCUGGGGACGCUGCAGAUCUCUAUCGGGAAGAUGAUUGAUGAUAUGAUGAGAUUUAUGUUCAUAUUGAUGAUCAUUGGAACAGCCUUCCUCUGUGGCAUCAACAACGUCUAUGUUCCUUAUGUCAUCUCUCCACAUCUUGGCAGGUUUAAUGAGACGUUCCACUUCUUAUUCUGGACCAUGUUUGGCGUGGCCAACCAGGACUACGUGGACAUGCCUCAGUAUGUGCUGGCGGAGUUUGUAGGAAGGAUUCUGUACGGCAUCUUCACGCUCGUCAUCGUCAUCGUGCUGCUCAACAUGCUCAUUGCUAUGAUCACCAAUUCCUUUCAGAAAAUUGAGGAUGAUGCAGAUGUUGAGUGGAAGUUUGCCAGGUCGAAGCUGUACCUGAGUUAUUUCAGAGAGGGUCUCACCAUGCCUGUCCCCUUCAACAUCAUCCCCUCACCCAAAGCUUUCUUUUACAUCAUACGUGGAAUCUUCAGAAGAAUCUGCUGCUGCUGCUCUCGUAAUGCUGAGGACAGAUACCCCCCUAUAACAUCUAUGACCAAUGGUAAGGGAUCUGAAGGCAGCCAGGUGCCUUACCGGCAGCAGGUGAUCGGAGCUCUGGUGCAGCGCUACAUUGAGUCCGCUCGCAGGGAGUUCGAGGAGACCAAGAGGAAAGAUAUUGGUAAUCGGAUCACCGAGCUGACCAAAACGGUGGAAAGGAUGCACACUGAUAUGAAAGUGUUCCAGCAGCUAAUGGUGGACGACGGACACGUCGCAAGUGAAGCAUUGAACAAGGAUGGCUCCUCCUUCCUGGGGAAAUACAUCAUUGGUGCCAAGAACAAUUUCAGAGGUUUUACCACCAGACAAGAUGAGAAAAACACAUCACUUAAAGUGACAGUGCACCAUGGAGAGGAAGGGGUAGAGAAAGAAAAGGUUGAAUCAGAGAAAAAGCAAGAGUCAGACGCACAACAAAGUCAGGCGGGAGAAUGUGGAGCAGAGGGAUCAAAGCAGGUAACAGACUGUGAUGUGGUGAAAAUGGAGGAAGGAAGAGCUCAAACAGAGGAAACGGAGAAAGAAGAGAAGCUGGAAGCAGAUAAAAAUGAAAAUAAUGAUAAUGAAGUGAGAGACGAGGUGGUGGCAGGGACAAGUGUUAAUCGUGCAGAAGGAAUGCUAAAAGCAGAGGCGACAAAGGACGAGGCUGAAAAAAGAAGGGAAGGAGAGAUGCUCACAGAGACGAAGGUGGGUGAAAAACAGACAGAGAAGACCCCCGAACAAGCUGAGAUGGACGCAAAAUGGAACAAGGGUAGAAAGUUUGAGUAUAAUGUGGCUGAGAAGCCAGCUGUCAGAGAGAGUAAUGUAAAACCUGCAGCAAAGAAAACGAUUCCCUCUCCGACAGGCAGCAGCAGCUCUCAGGACACGGGCUUUGGUUCCCAAGAAGGGGAAGGGUCCAUUGAUGGGAUACUAGUAAGGUUGCCAACCGUCCCUUGAAAAACAGAAUCGUCCC